UUAUUUAAAAAAAAUCAUUAUAAUUUUAAAAGUUAACCUCGACAAAUAAUUAACAUAUGGAGGUAUAAUAUUACAACAUUAAAUUAUAUCUAUUUAAUUUAUAUUAUCUAUAAAUCAAAUGAAUCAUCUAUUGUUUAAAUCCAAUUAUUCAUAGCCUAUUAAAAAAUUUUGGUAUGCCUAAAAUUUAAAUGAUAAGCUUCGAGAUUAAAUGUAACAUGACUUUUUAGGAAUAUGUCUAUUAGGUCUAUUUAAAAAAAAAAUCACACAUGAACCAAGGUUAUGACUUCUGUUUUAAUAUAUAAGAUUAUGAUCAUGUAGACAAUCAAAACACCAAUGUUGUCAAGAAGAAGAUCUGUUUUGAGGCAAAACCCUUCCAGGGUUGCCAAAAGAGUUACCCAUUAGACCACCAUAAGAACGACUUUUCCUAAUCUUAGUACACUUAAAGCAAGACAUCAAUCGAUGCAUCGGUCAAAAAAGCCAUGAAAACCGUGCCACUAAAUGAAGCUCCAUUGAACUCAUUGUAAGCAACUUUGUCUCCUUGAAAUUUAGGCACUAAUGGAGAUGGUCUAACAGAUGGUCUAAAAGAGCAGCAACUUCGUCAGACAAGGAAGAACUCCUCAUUGAUUUAUAGGAAAAAAGUUGCCAUCAUACAAAUCAAUUUAUAUAUAUAUAUAUAUAUCCUAUUUAUCCAAUUAUCUCAAAAAAGAAGCUAGCAAACAAAAGCAAUAACAUUAAUACGCAAAUUUAAAUACUACGUUGACAUCAGCAGUUAACAUUAUGAGUUACUUUUUGUGGGUUUAAUAAUAUGAGUUACUUUUUGCAUCCACAGACUCAAACUUUAAUACGCAAACGACUCAAAGAAAUUUUCUAUAUAAACGAGUUAUAUACUACGGUAUUCAAGAACAUCAACCGCAAGAGAAAAAAAAACAGUUCUUUAGAAGUCUUAUUACGACAAUGUCUUUUCUUGGUCAUUUACAAGUUCUUGUUUUUCUUUAUGCUCUGCUUCUUUUCUCAGCAGAAUCUCGCAAAACCCAACUAUUUGAUACAGAAUCUAGCGCUGAUGAUGGUGCUGAACACGAAAACUACGGGGAUAAGGUCGAUGCGCGAGAUAUCCCUCUGUUAUAUCUCGAGACGAAGAUUCAAAACGCUCCUGUGGGGUCACCUCAAAGACAAGAAGCUCAGAAGAAUCUGCUUGAGGAAAUAAAUCACAGGAAACAAAUCGAUCAGAACAUUAUAGAGAUUCUUAGACUUUCACUCAAAAAAACCGAUGUCUUAGAUCUCUUAACUUCCACAAGAACAACAGGACAACCUGUUGUAGAUGAUUGGGACUGCUACAAGACUCUGGUUAAAAGUUUCAAGAAUCAAUGUGGAGCAAAGAUGGAAUACGAUAUGAAGUAUGCAGGAGCACUUGCCAAUAUCUGCAAUAUGGGAGUGGAUGUGAAGAAAAGUGUUGCAGCUAUUGAAGAAGCUUGUGCCCAUUAAAUUAUAUGCAAAAAAUAAUAUUGUGAUCGCCUUAUAAAUAUGAAAGUUAUUGCAUAACAUUUGAUUGUGUGGAGAUGGUUGAUGCCUAUUUUACUUGAUAACGCGAAAGUCUUGGUCUUAAAUUGGAUUCAUAGUAUAAUAACCUCGUACCAAUUCUAGUUUCAAGAAUUCACGCGAAAGUCUUGGUCUUAAAUUGGAGAAUGAGUAAGUGAUCGGAUAAGGCUCGGCGGCACUCGAGUCAACAUCUCGUAUUCACGUGUUAUGCUU